AUGGCACCAACGCGCUUGACUGCCAGCUUGCUGGCAACGCUCACGCUCAUUUCUUCAGCAAUCGCCACGCCGAUUCUCGAUACGCGAUCAACGACGUCGAAGAGGGCUGCCUCUCCGCUCAGUCUUGCCGUUUACUGGGGACAAGGACCCAACCAGCCAAGGUUGGCCGACUUCUGCCAGGAUGCGACGAUAGAUGUGAUCCCAAUUGGCUUCGUCAACACCUUCCCCGACCAGACGGAUGGGAACAAUGGCUAUCCAGGAACGAACUACGGCAAUGCUUGCGGCAGUCCUUACUGGGUUGCCCCGGAUGGCACCCAGACCGAGAUGUUCACCACGUGUACCCAGAUUGCAGAAGACAUUCCCAUCUGUCAAGCCCUGGGAAAGAAGAUUCUUGUCUCUCUCGGCGGCGCGUCUUCAGGAAACUUCAUCGCCUCUGCCGCCUCCGCCAAAGAGUUCGCCGACUUCUUGUGGGGAUCGUACGGACCGCCUCAGGACACCACCGAAACGCUGUACCCGCGACCAUUCGGCCAGACCAUCGUGGACGGGUUCGAUCUCGACAUCGAGUCUGGCGGGAGCUUUGGAUAUGCGGAUUUGGUCAACGAAUUCAGAGCCCUUUUCGCCGGCCAGUCCAAGCAGUACUACAUCUCCUCGGCACCUCAGUGUGUCGUUCCUGAUGCUCAUCUGGCCGACGCCAUUGCGAACUCCGACAUUGACUAUGUGUUCGUCCAAUACUACAACACCGAUUCAUGCUCGGCUGCGUCUCUCUUCAGCUCCGGCACGUUGAACACGGGAACCGACGUCUCAUUUGGAUGGGCCGACUGGCUUCGAACCAACUCGAAGAACCCGAAUGUGAAAUUGUUCGUCGGUCUUCCUGCCUCCACGGCCGCUGCUCAUCCUCAAGACUACUUGGAUCUUGACGAAGUCAAGGCCUUGCUGAAUGUCUACGCCUGUAACUCCGCUUAUCAAUCCAUCUUCGGAGGAGUGAUGCUGUGGGAAGCAACCUACUCGGCCGAUAACCAGAUCAAUGGUGAGAGCUAUGCACAGAACGUCAAGGAUCUUUUCAGCCAGUUGUCUUGCUCUUCUCCUUCGACCACGACGAUAUCAACGGCUACUUCUACCACCACCACAUUGGCCCUGUCUACCAUGACUACGACCACCACCGCAAUCACCACCACUGUUCCGGUGACCACUACCACUACUACCCCAGUCAUUCCUACUACCACCACCACCCCAACUACCACGUCCUCGAGCUUCCCUGGCUUCCCCUACACGUCCAGUUCGUCCAGUGUUUCCACCACCACUAGCGCGGCAUUCAGCAGUGUCGCAACUAGUGCGGUGACAACAAGCAGCUCUGCGGCAACGACGACCACUUCCAGCUACGCAGUUGGUCCUAUUGGUGGCUCAGCCUCUAGCAGCACUAGUACCAGUACCAGCACCAGCACCACCUCCAACGCUUUUUCCGUGGGACCAAUCGGCGGCAGCACGACCGCGACCAGCAGCACCAGCAGCACCAGUUCUUACGCUUUUUCCGUGGGACCAAUCGGCGGCAGCACGACCACGACCAGUAGCGCCAGUUCCUACGCUUUUUCGGUAGGUCCUAUUGGCGGCGCCACAACGACGACCAGCAGCACGACCAGCGCCGUUGCUGCUGUCACGACGUCGACAAGCACAUCUACAGUCUCUUCCGGUUACGCAGUCGGUCCCGUCGGAGGCAGCAUCACCACGUCGUCCACAACAUCAACCACUUCCACUGCCAUCGUCGGUCCUGUGAGCGGCGCCAGCAGCACAUCCACUACCCCCGUUGCUGUCGUGAGCCCGAUCUUGUCCUCAGCCGCUAGCACGACCACGAGCCCCUUCACCUGGGAAGACUGGACCACCACAGCCCCCAUCGCCGCCAUCACCACAAGCAGUGCUUCAGUGGUUGUCGCGCCCGACUACACCACAACAGUCUGGGUAACAUCAUACAUCGACAUCUGCCCCACAGGCUUCACCACUCUGCCGUAUACUCUGACGACGACGGUCCCAGUCGUCGCAGUUGCAGCUACAGCCACCACGACGUUCGUCUGGCCGACCGAAACCAACGGCUGUCCCAGCGGCUUCACCACCACCGUGACAGUGUGCACCGUCUGCGCCGAGACGUGGACCACCGUGACCCUGACAGUGCCCAUCGCGACGGUGACCGCUGUAGAGACCCAGACCGUCGUGCCUGUUCCUGUCGAGGCGGUGCAGCUUACUUCCACUAGCACCGAAACUGGUGCGCUGGCUACCGAAACUGUUGCGCUGGCUACCGCUACCGCUUCUGCUUCCACAGAGACAUCAGUUUACACACUGACCACGUCUGUCGCUGUCGCUGCUGCCGGUGCCGAGUCCACAGAAACAGAAACAGCAACCCCAGCAGGCACGAUCGAGACAAGCACCAUCGUCAGCGCUGCUGCACCGGCCGCCACCUCCACUGUCGUCCUACCCAAUGGAGGAGUCAAGACUCUUUCCCUGGCGUCUGUUGUUUCUGCCGCCACGGCCACAGGCACAGGCAUCGUCGUCGCUCCCUCGAGCAACAGCGGCUGGCUUGCCCCUUCGCAGCCAGAAGCUUCGGCUUCAUCUGUGGCUCCGGCCAAUGUUGCCACGUAUACUGGCGGUGCGGCGCAGAGUGGAUUGCCAGGCACGGUGUUGAGCCUGGCGGUUUGCAUGGUUGUUGCUGUUGCUGGAUCGUUCAUUUGA